GCGAGCAUUGCGGCUGAAACUUGGUGUCUAUGCCAUUACCAUUUCGACAUUCGCAAACAGAAAGCGGAGUAAAUAGCGAAAAGAAUAAACGUCAACUUUGUGAGAGCGUCAUGGCGACACAAGCCGUCACUCCAAGUAUUGCUAAUGCCCAGAGUCUCUGGGAUCAAGCCUUCAACUCCCUCAGCGCAGAUCUAAAAACGUCGCUUGGCCAGGCUGCGACACAUAAGCGCGACAUUCUAGCGGCCGCUCUCGAGGCAGCUGAGAACCGUAAAGCCACGAGUCUCCGCAAACGCUGGAAGUUCAAACGAACAAAUGGUGAAGUCGUUAUCAUUCGAGAUAUUCUUGAAAAGAUCGCCAAAUGGAUCGACUGCUUCAAAGCCGUCGGCGACGCGGCUGUGCAAUUUGAUGCUAGCAACGCUUCGCUGCCCUGGGCCGCUGUCAUAUUACUUCUUCAAGUGACAGUUAACGAUGUUCAACAGUACGGGACCAUGCUUCAGGACCUGGAGGUGGUCUCUCGGAUCAUGGCACGCUACAAGGAGUUUGAAAAUCUCCAUCUUGGUCGAGAUCAAUCCGCUGAGCCCGUGCUUGAAACAGCCCUCACUGUUCUUUAUACAGAAGUUUUAACAUGCUUGGCAAGCACCAUUGCCUUCUUUUCGCAAUCAACUGCAGUCCGAUUAGCCAAGAGUGUCUUCUGGACGGGUGAUGACGGGAUCCAAAAGAUCUUAUCAAGAGAAGACGAGGUUCUCAAACUGGCCAAGCUUCAGGAUACUUCAGAUCUACGCUUUAUCCAGAAGACUGUUCUUCGCCUAAGAGAUCAGAUCAACACUACCACCAAGCGCAUUGAGGAAGAGGAUUAUAUGAAGAUGAUAUCUUGGCUUUCCACGCCGCCAUUCUCAAUCCACCAUGAAACCAUAUCCGAGCCAAGAACGCCAAACUUUGGCCAGUGGCUUCUGCAGCAUGAGAUCUACAGAAACUGGUGCGAAUCCAGCUCUUCAUCAACAUUGUGGAUACAUGGAAUCACGGGUUCAGGGAAGACCAACCUAUUCUCUGUCGUUGUUGACUCAUUGCUGGCCACCAGGGCUACGAACCCAGAAUCGACUCCCUUCGCAUACUUCUACUGUCUCGAAAGCGAGUCAGAACCAGAGAGAUCAUCAGCAGACGGGAUACUCCGCAGCAUCCUGCGUCAGCUGACGAUUACAGAAAGCCAAAGUGAUAUCCGCGACUUUCUGUACUCCGACUUCCAGCGUCGUUCCAAGUCCUCUCUUCUACAGGGACUAGAACUACCCAAACUGAGUAGAAAAGAUUGUGUGGAUCGUAUCAUUCAAGUCGCCAAUGAAGACCCCAUCACAAUAUUACUCGAUGGUGUUGAGCAGGUUGAAGACGAGAGUUGCGAUCUUCUGCUGCAAUCCUUGUCUGACGUCAUGUCAAGGGCUGAAAAUGUCGUCAAAGUGCUUGUCACGAGCAGAAAUAGUAUCGAUAUUCUCUCUUCGAUGCCAACUGCGAGAGAGAUAAUCGUGGCAGCCGACCGAGUCCACGACGACAUGUGCAGGUUCAUUAAUCAGAAGAUUGAUGACGCCAAACUCAUCAGUGGAAGGCUCUCACCACAUGCAAGAAGCUGCCUGACAAAAGAGUUGCUAGACGGUGCGGGCGAAAUGUUUCUAUGGGUCCAUCGGCAGAUACAGCAGCUUCGCAAAGUCAAGAGCGAAGACGACCUUCUACCGGCCCUACGGUCCACCAUUCUCUCAGAUCUCGACAGGCUUUACGAGAACGACCUGGGACAGAUCUUACAAUCAGGAGACACAUCGCGACAACUCGCCAUUCAAACUUUCUCUUGGUUGCUGUACAUGAAAUCACCAUUGACUCCUGAGGCCUUGUUAGCCGCCAUCGCUACCGCAAGCUUAGGGAAUGUACCUUGCACAGCGGCCGAUAUUUCUGUUGUGUGCUCGAACUUGGUGGUUAUAGACCUCGAUCGCCAAGUUGUCCGACUUGCUCAUCAUUCAGUCCGAGAGUACAUCCUCCGCUCCCAACAAUCUCUGUUCUCCGCCCCAGUAGCUCACAGUCUGCUGGCAUCGAUCUGUAUUAAGGUCAGCUCUCGUGGUCCGCCAGAUAGUGGAAGCCUGGAACAACAAGUCAAAGGCUUCUUCUUCUAUGCUGCUACGCACUGGGCAGGCCACUUUGAGAGUUCAAAGGUUGUCAAGAAGGAAGAGAAGUUAUUUCAAGACAUGGUCUCAUUUGUCUUUGAAGAUGAGGACUGCGAUGCCAGUCUUUCCUUCGAAGCCUGGCUGGAAAUUGCGAAGGAGAUAGCAACACUGCUGCCAAGGGAUCACCCUAUGAAGCCGGCUCUCGAUGCCAUACCUAAUGAAACAUCGUCUCCCCUCUUCUUGGCAGCUGUCUUUGGUAUAGACGGGCUGCUGACUCUUCUUGCUGAAUCAGGAGCUGACAUAGACUGGGACCAGCGAAAUGACCUUGGGCACACCGCACUCUACCUCGCAGUUGCGUCAGGGCAUCUCUCCACUGUGACAACUCUGAUUGAGAAGGGCGCGGAGUUGAACACCGAAUGUGGUGCAUACGGAAGUCCGUUGCAUGUUGCGUGUUUCAGAGGAUAUGAGGAGAUUGCAGAGAAACUUCUUCAAAAUGGAGCAUCUCCAAAGUGUGGUUCGAAGUUUCAGAGUGCCGUUCAAGCUGCAUCUCAGGGAGGGCAUGAAGAUAUCGUGCUCGCUCUCAUUAGGCACGAUGCAACUAUUGAUACUGAAGAUGACUAUGAGCAAGCCAUACAAAUGGCAACGGAGUAUGGCUUCAUAAGGGUCAUCGACCAACUUUUGAAGCCAACUUUCAAGCGCUUUAUAGACAAAGAAUCCCCAGAAAAAAACAAGAUGAGGUUGGCAAAGGCGAUUAAAGGGGGCCAGCUGUUCGUGCUACAGCGUCAGUUGUCAAAAGCAUCGUCCGAUGCGAAAGGAAUCUUCCCAAAAGACUCGGUUGCAAUUGCCGCCCUUUAUGGCCAUGCGGAUAUCGUCAAGUACCUUCUGGAUCAAGGUUUGGAUAUUGAAGCUGAGGGUCAGUUCGGUACGCCACUCCGCUCAGCUUGUUUGAUGAACCACAAAUCCACUGUUGAAGAACUACUCCAGCAUGGUGCCAAUGUCAAAACAGAAGAACGGAAAGGCAAUGCCCUCUACGUCGCCGCUGUCAAAGGCCACGCAGAUAUUGUCAGGAUCCUGCUGGAGGAAGGUGCAGACGUUCACCAGAAGACGGGGUCUUUUGGCACAGUUUUACGAGCUGCGGCGUACUACGGCCACAGAAAUGUUGUCGAGAUACUACUUGACGCUGGAGCAAAUGUCCAUGCGGAAGGUUCCUCCCCAGAUGCGUUCCAUGCCGCUGCUGAAGGUGGUCAUCAAGAGAUCAUCAUGCUCUUUCUUGAACGGGGAUAUAGGUUUCUUUAUGAGCCACCGGGUCCGAAGUACAAGAGAGCUCGCCCUUCUCCGUACAGGCCGCUUUAUCGGGAGGCUUCUCCUGGAAGGGAUAAGCAUCCUCGUUCUAAAUUAUGGCCGCACCUUUACAAGCGGAACGUCAGGAAGACCGAACCUGUAGUUGAUGUAGAUGCCCAUGACAACGCCACUCAAACAAGGAAACCCCCCCGUAACGAUGAUGAUACGCAGGACGGUUCUCAAAAGAAUCGCCCUCUGGAAGCUAGUGCUGCCGGAGGGAAGGACGCAGUUGUCAAGGUGUUACUAGAGCAAAAGGAAACUUUAGGAUUCUGGGAUUCCGAGGUUGGUAAUGCUCUCAAGGCAGCGGCCUCCAACGGACACUUGAGCACAGUCAAGAUACUGCUCGAUCACGCAUCGAAGAUGAAGGGUCCCUUUAUUGAACGCAUCUACACAACUUUGGAAGGCAUACCAGAAGAGCGUGAUGACAUCUUGCAGCUUACUCUUGCUAAAGCGUCUGAAAGUGGUCUUACAGCGGAACAGAUUGACCAACUCAGAUUGAAGCUCCCACCAGGGCAGGAAAAAUACAAAGUAACAGUCAUUGAGCCGAAAGUCUUCAAGUCAGACUUCUUGGCAUGCUGCAACUCGGGAGAUCUAGCUGUACUAGAGGCCAUAAUGAGUUGCAAGCAUCAUCACCUACUGCAAGCCAACGACCUCCUGGAUGGCUUACAGAAAGCUGCAGAAAAAGGUCACGCCUCAUUCAUCAAGAGCUUGUUCAAACUUGGUUCUGGUUUACAAAAUGUUGCCAUUCCCGACACGACACUGGUAGGCGCCGCCGGAAAGGAUCUUGAGACAUUGAAGCUUCUCCUCUCUCAAAAGGACGACAUGUCUCAUUAUGAACUUCUUCUAGGCCGAUUGACCUACGCGGCUUGUAGCAAGGGACAGUCUGACAUCAUCUCGUAUCUCGUAUCCGACUUCGGUGCUGAUAUCAACGCUAAUGUCCUCGAAGAGGAUAAACCCAGGUAUCUCAGGCGUUUGGGGCAGUCUGUUGACCCUCGUCUUAACAGUGUCCCUAUAAGUACCACUGAUGAAGCGACUCGACAUAAUGGUGGUUCGCGAUCGGCUGAGGGUUCUCGCCUUGUCAGUCCGCUGCAGGUCGGAUUGGGUGCUUUUGACAGCUAUGAAUUGCCUUAUUAUGCGAGAUAUUAUAGAGAAAAAACGAUGUCUCAGCAGCAGAAGGUUAUCCAAACACUACUGAAGCUAGGGGCCGAACCGAACUGUCUCGGUGGAAAGGGUGUCUAUCCUCUCCAAUACGCAGCGAGGGUCUGUCCAGAUGUCGUGGUAAAGGAGCUGCUUGAAGCUGGAGCAGAUGUCAAACUUGCCGGUAAAGGAGAUGCAGCUCUUAUGGGAGCAGUUCAGAGAGAAAUGGAAGCCAUGGCGGUUACAACAAGACUAUUGAACAGUGGUCACCAACUUCCAAACUAUUGUGAUGGAGGCAAGGAGAUUCUUGAAAAAGCUCUUGAGUUCUUUGAAGGCGAUAGAGAGCGACAGACUUUCCAUAGCAUUAUUGUUGACCCAGACGGCCGCUUUGUACAGGCCCCGUCUUUGGAGUACGUCUUCGAACAAGGACCAGGAGCGGUACUCGAGUUCCUUCUACAGAAUUAUGAUACAGGCAACUUGGAAAGCCUAAGAUAUGGUCUAGUUCUUCAGAUGGUUUGCCUUCUCGGCAAAGCUUCUUUUGUCGAGUUGCUGUUAUCUCGGGGAGUCGAGGUUGAUGCAACAGGAUACUACUAUGGAAGUUCUUUACAAGCCGCGGCACGAACUGGACAGCUAGAGAUCGUCAAAACUCUACUAGACAAGGGAGCAAACCCAAACGUGAUACAGGGUCGCUGGCACACAUCCCUACGCGCAGCCAUUGUCGGUGGUCAGCUUGAGAUUGUGCAGCUUCUGCUUAAACAUGGCGCAGAUCCUAAGCUCAAGCACCAAACUGAGCGACAGUCUAGGAACAAUAUGGAAGAUGCAUCAUCAAGUACACUCCAGCUUGCUCUGCAGGAGGGACAUUCGGAAAUUGCCAGACUGCUCCUCGAGACAGACCCCUCAGUGAUAGAUGAAGAGGGGAGCCUGCAACAUCCCCUUAUCAUUAGCUGUCAAAAAGGAGACUACGCCAUGACGGAGUUGCUGCUAGAAGUCAAUGCUUCUGCCAAUGUGCGAGGCCAAAAGAAAGCCGAUGUGGCAAGUAUAGAGGCUCAAGAUGCGAGUCCUUUGCAUGCCGCUAUUUCUGGAGGUCAUAUCAACCUUGUCGAACUGCUUUUGUCAAGAGGUGCCGAUAUCAACCUGCUAAUCGACGAAUGUGGCUGCCCAACGCCCCUUGUAGUAGCGGUAAAGACCGCAGACUUGCGCAUGGUUCGGCUACUUCUUGACUCUGGUGCUGAUAUCUCCAAAUCUCCUGGUGCUCUUUCGAAUGCUGUAGCAGGGAAAGCGGGUCUUCAAAUCAUCAAAGACCUGAUCGCGGCUGGCGCAAAGGUUGACAGUUCUAGUCUCCAGGAUGCAUGCCGAAGUGAAGACCUGUUCAAUGACGGGUCGGAUCCAUCUGAGAUCAUCGACGAAACCUUAGACUCACUCACAGUGGGAAAGUCUACUGACUACAGAACUCUCAAUCUUCUACUUGACUAUGUUCCUCCAACUCCCAAAAGAUUUCUCUUCGUAAUGAUUCGACAAGGCAUGAAUGUCGAUGGCAGCAACGAAGAGGAGGAUAGCCCGUUGCAAGUGGCUUGUUACUACUUGAACUUUGAAGUGGUACGGCUACUGCUACAACGAGGCGCAAACGUCCGACCAAGAUCAUCCCAGCCCGGAGACCCACAAUUGGAGCAACGAGGGACGAGACACCAGAAGUACCUCAACGCAGAAAAUGUGGAGUACCGAGCUAUCCGGAGAUGCACUAAAAUUGUCCGUAUUUUGCUUGAAUAUGGUGCCAGCGCUGAUGGUGGAAUGGAUGGCUUCGAGACCCCGCUUCAGUUGGCUUGUCUCAUCGGGAACUUCGAAAUCGUGAAGCUUUUGGUCGACUGCGGAGCCAGCCUGCACAAAAUCGCUGGGGACUUCAAGACACCCCUCUUUUCAGCUUUGCAGGGAAACAAGAGGAACAUCAUAUCUUUGAUCCUGGAAAAGGGGGUCGACAUCAACUACUACAACGAUGAGUCACUUGUUCUUCAAUUGCUUCAACACGGUGCCUCAGCCGCUUUGAAAGACGCGGACGGGAGAACUGCGCUUACAGCCGCACUCCACCAGGCGAUGCCCCGAGUUAUUUGUCAACACUCAGUAACCCUCGAUAUCACAGACAGCGAUAUCGUAGCUGCAGCUCGGUUGGAGACCAGCGAUAUAUUGUGUUUCCUCCUUGCCGAGAGAAGAGUACGGCCAGUCGAAGAGAGUCGGCCAAGCCAAGAAAACAUAGACGUUCUCUUUGAUGGUAGCGAGGGACUGGAAAUAACUCCAAGGAUGCUAAAGGCUGGGCUCUCAGAGCAUGCUUUCAACAGUCUGAUCAAGACUCGGAAGCUUUCAUUGGAAAUCACCCCCGACAUUCUCGAAUCGCAAACAGAUAUUGGGACCCUGAAAGCGCUCAUGGAGUAUCAACCAGGUGUGGAAAUAACGGAAGGUAUUGUGGUCCAAGUCUUGUCAAUGAACACGCCUUACAGCAGAUGGAGACUACCGGAAGAGAAUACCGAGGUUCUCUUGUCAAUCUGGCCCCGGGACUCGCCACUCCCGCUUGAGUUCUUGCUUGAACAUCUGAUGCCAGCUCGCGGAAAGUUGCAAGAUAUUGCUACAUGGUUUUGCGAACAGAGCCCUGACUACUUUCUCAACCAGGCGGAUAUGUUGACGCUUGUCUUGAACCACAUUGAGAAGAUGGUGCUUGGUGCCAAGCCUUCGCUAUUAGAUUCUAUCUUGACGCAUACACCAUCAUUGCCAAUCACAGAGAAAUUGUUUCUCAGUAUCUUCAGAGAGUAUCCACUGGCCCGAGAGGAAACACGAAAGGGGUUUGCUGAAGUACUUAUGAGACACGACAAGAAGAUUGUCUUUACGGAGAGGAUCCGCGAUGCUCUAGAUGGGGCAGAAAUAUGGUACAGUUUGCGGGAAAGGGAUGAGACUUAAGAGGAAGCUGAGGCCAGGCGGUUAGAGAAGGAAGAUGGUAACAGUAACGACAAUCACAUGUCUCCUCCAAGAUAUAACCAGUAAUUAAUAGGAGCGAUGGCAGUUGUAGGUCACGAGGUUGGAGGAAUACAAGCAUUCCCGGGGCCGAAAUUGUAUGAGACUUUUUGUAGGCUACUCUUAAGGGGACUUUGUCAGUAACUGGCGGUCGAAGGUGACUCAAGGCUAAAGUAUCUCAAAGAAGAACGCUUUCACGAGAAAUGACACAUGUAUUUGAAUGAACA